ACUGAAGCUAAACAUGUAAACAGACAGCCGACACACACGCCAACCACCAUCAGAUAUGUAAUAAAGGAAACCACAGCUCCCAACGUGGUCUUGCUCAACUUGUCCCUCCAAGUCACCCUUCUCCAACUAAUACUCCACGACUCCUUUCACCACUUCCAAUAUGCCUAUCAUCCAUUGGACCUAAGUGAUAUCAGAGAAAAAGUGAAUCAUUGAAGUAUACAGUACUGUGUGUAGUUACAGCAGGGAGAGACAGCUUCACAGAUGGGAAACUCACUACACAGGUGUCCUUUGUCAUUUUGGGAUAAUAAUGGCAUCCAGCAGUGGCAGCAGAAGACAGUGUGCUGCUAUUACUUGUCGAGUAUAUGCAGGAACCCACAAACAUUUGGCCUUCUACAGGUUUCCAAAGGAGCCAGAAAGGUGUAACAUAUGGGUGCAGCGAUUGAAAAAUGAUUACUUAAGACACAUUCCAUGUCAGAAGUUGUACAACAAUUACCGAGUAUGCAGUCAGCAUUUUGACAAGAGCCAGCUGAAGAAUGCCAAAGAUGUACACCAAGGCAUUAACUGGAAUGCUAUACCAAACUGGGUUGGUGCACCAACUUCCUCUGUUCCUUUAGAUCCAAAACAAAACUCUCGAAAAGACUAUUCCAGCUCUAAAAUGCCAGUAAAACGAGUUAGAAGGAUGUGUAGGGAUAAAGCUCAUUCCUCCUCUGUACCAUCGUCACCAGAAAGUAAACGACCUAGAAGAGGCUUAGACAGGUGCUACCAAGUUAUUGAUGGAAAUGGUGGAAAACAGGAUGAUGCUGCGAGAAAAAAAGAACUAAAGGAGUCACCUCUUUCAAACAUUCCCCAGGGUUUAAAGGGAGCAUCAUCUGAUGCUGAAGAUGUUGACAUACUACAGAAUAAUAACGGAAUAGUCUCCAGUGCAUUGAUGGAAAUGCCAACAGCGAGUGUGAUGAAAAAUGCUGAAUCAUAUGAGACUGUACCCAAAGACUGUGAACACAACCCUUUGAAAUUGUCCCAUUGUAAACAAAACGAUAAUACCAUAACUCAUACCUCCCCUGGACCUACACCAACAGAGAGUGUGCUGAAAAACAUAGAAUCAAAUGAGAUCGUAACCAAAGACUCUAAACUUAAUCCACUGAGGUUGUCCCAUUGCGAAAGGAAAAAGAAAACCACCAGUUUCACCUCAGCUGGACCAAGACAGGCCUUCACUAAUCAACAGGAAGCUGAACUGGUAAAAUGUUUCCUGAUUGCGGAUAAAAUGUUUUCAGGAAUUACAAUUACAGAAUUUCGGAGAUUAGUUUAUAAAUUUGCAUAUAAGUUUAAUCUUUUGCAUAGUGCCUUGUGGACAAAAAUGAAAUUAGCUAGUAUUGCUUGGCUCCAGGCAUUUCUUAAAAGACAUCCCUCUGUAACUUUCAAGGAUAAUAUAAGUGCUUAUAUUACCAGACAGUUCACGUUCUCCUCCGCUAAUAUAGACUCAAUACUGAGCAAAGUGUCAGAAAUGAUGCCCAUAGACAAUGAUAAUGAGACAACUGCAUAUACCAAACAAGGUGUUUCGAGAAGCGACAGAGUUUCAUAUGAUGGUGACAGAUCUGAUAAUAAACUUGAGGAUCAAGAUUUUGAAAUUGACCACAAUUACUCAGUUAAAUAUGAAGAAAACCAUAUUAAACAUCAGUGGCUGUAUAAUAAAACCCCAGCAGUGGGAAGACAAGAUGAUGAAUUAUUGAGUAAAGAUGUUUCCUUGACUAAAGAUUGUGAAAAUCAUGAAGAGUCCCACUGUAAAGAUUACAAUGAUGAAACAGUUUUUGUCCUAGAGAAUGAGUAUGUGUUUUUGCCAGCACAAAACAUCAUAUUUUUACAGGCAGGAGAGACUGAAUCUGUAAAAGAAAAAAAUAACAUUUGUAUCAGUGAAGAAAACUUGUGUAUAAAAGAAGAAAAUGCUUGUGUCACAGAGGAAAUUUUUUUAAAAGAAGAGAAUGAGUGUAUAAAAGGAGAAGAAUUCUUUAUGUAAACUAUACAGUACUGUAGUAUAUGCAAUUUAAUUUUGUAUAAAAAAUAUACAGUAUAUUAAUUUUAAGUGUUUAAAAAUGAAUAGGAGGAUGAUAGUAAAAUUGGGUCUCGAUAUAUGAGGGUUCAGUAUAUACAGUACAGUACUGUAUAUGCAUUCUCAUGGAUGUGACGACCCUAUUUCUAUCAGCCCUCAGAUCAUGCAUGAAAAGUUCACCCAUAUGCAAGCUGGUAUGUUGUGAGCUCUAGUGUAAGAAAACCAUUAUAUAUUGUGUUAUUUUUAUGAAAUACUGUACUGUAUGCCAAAAUUGAGGUUAGCUGAGACCCAGAAAAGGCUCUGGAACACAUCCCACAUGCCACUUUUAAUAUUUUAUUUGGCUAAUGCCAGACAAUUUUAUUCAGCUUAGAGGUGACCCUGUACACAAGGGGCUAGUAGAUUAUCUUUAUUAACCUUUUCACUACAGGGGAAUACCUCUUUUAAUAUUUCAUCUGGCUAUUUCCGGAUGAUUUUAUUUAGCUCUGAGGUGAUUCCGUACACAAGGAGGAGUUAAGAACAUGAAUUUCAUUUUCAUGAAGUAUUGCAACUCUACUGUAUUCAAUUUAUCUCAUCAUGGAAGAAGUAUCUGGCAAUUCCAGUGAUGUGUCGAACAAAAUCCCAGAACAACUAAUAAAAUUGGGAAUCAGCAUGUAGGGGUGAGAUUGACAGAACUGGUAAAUUCACUCAGUAAAUUUGGAAAUGAUAGCUUGUGUGUGUGAGCUUCAGCAAUAGUGACACUGAUGAAUUAGUCAUCAGAGUAAAGUGCUUAGAGACCAAGAGGAAAGCAACUAAGAAAGCGAGGUAAAACUACUUCUCCAUGUGUUGUACAGUAUGUGUUCUGGGUAGGAUUGCAUCACCAAGAUGUGAAUGAGAUGAUCAUGAUGCAGAAAACUGAAGUAGUGGUGGUGAUGAUGUGAACCGAAAAAUUAACAAGGAAAAACGAUAUAACACCACUGUGAAGGAACUUUUGUUUGUUUUUCCCUUACCAUGUUGAUGCCCCAUGCUAAUUAACUCAUUCUUUAUGAUUAUUAAAAGAAAUAUAUCUCUAUGAGGACACCUGUGUUUGCAAGGAACCGACAGUGUUGUCAUGACUCAAAUCUAGAUUCCCAGUAAGAUCAGCCCCAUUAAGUCUCAGUCUCCAUCAUUAUAAAAUGAAAAUAAUAACAAAUAUAUAUUAUUAUUAUUAUUAUUAUUUUCAUCUUGAUACACUUUUAUUUUAUUCUAAUAAUUGGUUUCUGUCUUGUGGAAAUUUUCCUUUAGCCUACAAUGUCACAGAAAGAAGGGAGGAAAGAUUAUCCCUUUAUUCUCAAGUAAAAUGACUAAUUAUAUGUUGUGUUUUUUCUUUUACACUAUUACAGUUACUGUAUUGAACAAGUUCUAUUUUUUUUAUGAAUCUUGCAGCAUAAAAGGUCGAUCAUAGGAUAAUUUAAUAAUGAAUAAUAAAACAGGUACAAAGCAUGUGGCAACGACCUGGUUGCCCUUUCACCUGGUUACAUGCACAGUAUCUUCCAUCCAAUUGUUUGUGGCUCUCAUUAGGCAUACUGGGAUUCUGAUUACACCACUGUUUUCAAUGAGCAAAACUUGUCGUAUUCAUAGGGAAUUUUUCACUAUUUUUUACCUGUACUGUAUUUUAAAACCCUCAUCUUUCCUGUCAGAGCAUAUUUAAGGGUUAACAAGGUAGAGAAUAUAAUUGCAAAUUCCAACAUUUUUUCCCAAGGCUGAUACAUUCGUCAAAGAGAACUGGCGAAUUUCAAUUAUAUGCAGAGCUAAACACAAGAUUUUGACUUUAAGUUUAUAAACAGUGGCAAAUCCAAGGGAGGUUUAGUGUGUUUGAUUGAAUUCCCCCUUUCUCAUAAGACUCACCUGGCUUCAUGUUUGACUGAAUCACACCAGGUCAAGUGUCAACUUGUACCAAGACCAGCUUAUGCACAUUUUUGACUUGUGGUAUAGCACCUAAAUGGGCCGCCUGUCAUCAGUGUACACCAUUAGGAUUAGUGCUGGUAAUUUAUCUCUAUUAAACAGUUAACCCAUCACGAGUCAGUCAGUGUACAUGUAAGGUGGUAGGAUUUAUGACCACAUGAUAAAAUUUAAGGGUUACUGCUAUUAACACCAGAUUAUAGGGGGAGGGUGGAAAGUAAGGGGAGGCAAUCCCAGAUGCCACCUCCACCCCCCUACACACCCUGCAGGUGUGAGGUGACAGAAGUUAUGACCUCAAAUGACAAGGGUUACUGCCACUGACACCAAAUUAUAGGAGGGGGGAUGGAAGUUAGGGUAAGUGAUGCAGAUUCGAUGCACAAAAGAAUUAGACAAAAGGAAAAUCAGGGACAAUUUUACCAUCAAGCAACUGAAAACAAUAUUUGUUUAAACCAAUGUUCUAGCUUUUGAGAGUUACUUAAUAUUUUAAUGAAUAUAUGCAAUAAAGAAUGAAAAGGCUAUGGUUGGAACAAACACUCAUAGACAGAUACCCACACAACCUUGAGACCCAUGUACUAUGAGUGUAAAGCUUCUUGUUUAACUGCUUCUGUUUUUUAGCUAUGGCUACAACAGACACUCACAAACAGAAAGACAAAUUUACUUUUAUUAUACAGUGUAUACAGUACUGUAUUAGCAAAACUAUCCGGCUUUGCUCGGGUUAGGUAUAUACAGUACAGAUACUGUAUAACACUGACUCACACUGUGCCUUUUCUGACAUGAGUAACCCAUAUCCACCCAACCCAACCCAUCCCAGCUUAACCUUGACAGUCACAGUUUGCCCUCCCUGACAUGGGUAACCACAAUCCCUAAUCGCCAUGGCAAUAUCUCAGUCAGUGAAGAUUUUUGGUUCUUGCCAAGAACAAAACAAGCAAUUAGAGACCUGAAACUUUACACACAUUACAUGGGUCUUAAAGCUGUCCUUCUUGGUAUUACUAUUGACCAUGGACCCCUGGGUGUCUGUGUGUCUCAGACACAUGAACACCAGAAAAGUACAGUAAUCUUUUGAGGGAUAUGCCCCUCUGUAUGAGUUUUGUGCUGAAAAAUGCACAUCCCUCAAAACACAAUUUUCCGGGAAAUGCGCCCCAAAAGAAGUCUGUUGAGGGGUCAAAUUCCCCCCUCCCCCCCCCCCACAAAAAAAAUUAACUUGAGAAUAUUUAAAAAAAUUACCUGGUUAACAAAUUUAAUUUCCUUUUAAAUUACACACACACACACACACACACACACAAAGUUUGAUUAUUUCUCUAUUAAAAAAAAGAAAAAAAAUCAUAAAAACCACGAAAAUAUGUCUGAGGAAGUCUUUUGAGGGAUAUAAAUUUUAGACCAACAAAUGUACAGCCCUCAAAACACCCUAUAUUGUAUUUCAGUAACUUCCCGAAAAGUAGUCUUUCAGGGAUAUAAAUUUCAAAAUAGUUUUAACAUAUUUGAAAUUUUUUCCAAAUAAUUAAAAAAUCUGAAGAAUUAAACGAAUAAUAGGUUUAAAAAAUGUAAAGAAUUUAACAUUUUUUUUAAGCAGUCUUGAAGGAUAUGAAUUUUGUGCUGAAAAAGGCACAGUCUACCUUCCCUGGCGUGUCCCGGUACGUCCUCCUACAGGUUCCCUAACAUCCCCGAAUCUUCCAGGGAUUUUCUGGUCAGAGU